UCCGGUGCGCGGGGUGCGGUUCCGGGUCGUGGCGCGGCUCGGGGCAACGGGGCUGCUCCUCGGUCGGCCAGCGGCAGCGAGCGGCUGGGGUAUGAGGGCGAGUCCGGAAAGCGGCUGCUGAGCCGGCCGGGAGGAGCGCCAGUCCCUGAGGAUUCCGAGAGUGCGGAGCUGGGGCAGGGACCGGGGGGCGCGGGGGAGCCGGGCCCUCCCCCCAGGAACGUGUCCUAGGGCCAUCCCGGCCCGUAGUGUGGCAGCAGCUUCAGGUAGUUGAGCCCGUGAAACAAUAUGAAGAGGAGAAAAUAGCCUUUUAAGGAAAUUGGCCCACAGAAAGGAUGGCCUUCUUGGACAAUCCAACUAUCAUUCUAGCUCAUAUUCGACAGUCACAUGUGACCAGUGAUGACACAGGAAUGUGUGAGAUGGUUCUCAUUGAUCAUGAUGUUGACCUAGAGAAGAUUCAUCCUCCUUCAGUGCCUGGAGACAGUGGGUCAGAAAUUCAGGGAAGCAAUGGUGAGACUCAGGGCUAUGUGUACGCCCAGUCGGUCGAUAUUACCUCAAGUUGGGACUUUGGUAUUAGAAGACGCUCAAAUACAGCUCAAAGAUUAGAACGACUCCGAAAAGAGAGACAAAACCAGAUCAAAUGCAAAAAUAUUCAGUGGAAAGAAAGAAAUUCUAAGCAAUCAGCCCAGGAGUUAAAGUCACUGUUUGAAAAAAAGUCCCUCAAAGAGAAACCUCCAAAUUCUGGGAAGCAGUCGAUAUUAUCUGUACGCCUGGAGCAGUGCCCCCUGCAGCUGAAUAAUCCCUUUAACGAGUACUCCAAAUUUGAUGGCAAGGGUCACGUGGGCACAACAGCGACCAAGAAGAUCGAUGUCUACCUCCCCCUGCACUCGAGCCAGGACAGACUGCUGCCAAUGACGGUGGUGACUAUGGCCAGCGCCAGGGUGCAGGACCUCAUCGGGCUCAUCUGCUGGCAGUACACCAGCGAAGGACGGGAGCCGAAGCUCAAUGACAAUGUCAGUGCCUACUGCCUGCAUAUUGCCGAGGAUGACGGGGAGGUUGACACAGACUUUCCCCCACUGGAUUCCAACGAGCCCAUUCAUAAGUUUGGCUUCAGUACUUUGGCCCUGGUUGAAAAGUAUUCAUCUCCCGGUCUGACAUCCAAAGAGUCGCUCUUUGUUCGAAUAAAUGCUGCUCACGGAUUCUCCCUUAUUCAGGUGGACAACACAAAGGUCACCAUGAAAGAAAUCUUGCUAAAGGCAGUGAAGCGAAGAAAAGGAUCCCAGAAAAUUUCAGGCCCUCAGUACCGCCUGGAGAAGCAGAGCGAGCCCAACAUCGCCGUGGACCUGGAGAGCACCUUGGAGAGCCAGAGCGCCUGGGAGUUCUGCCUGGUCCGCGAGAACAGUUCAAGGGCAGACGGGGUUUUCGAGGAGGAUUCGCAGAUUGACAUAGCUACAGUACAGGAUAUGUUGAGCAGCCACCACUACAAGUCAUUCAAAGUCAGCAUGAUCCACAGACUCCGCUUCACGACCGACGUCCAGUUAGGUAUCUCUGGAGACAAAGUGGAGAUAGACCCUGUCACGAGUCAGAAAGCCAGCACCAAGUUCUGGAUUAAGCAGAAGCCCAUCUCGAUCGAUUCUGACCUGCUCUGUGCCUGUGACCUUGCAGAGGAAAAAAGCCCCAGUCACGCAAUAUUUAAACUCACAUAUCUAAGCAAUCACGACUAUAAACACCUCUACUUUGAAUCUGACGCUGCUACUGUCAACGAAAUCGUGCUCAAGGUUAACUACAUACUGGAAUCGCGAGCAAGCACUGCCCGGGCUGACUAUUUCGCUCAAAAACAAAGAAAACUGAACAGACGUACAAGCUUCAGCUUCCAGAAGGAAAAGAAAUCAGGGCAGCAGUGACGGCUGCCUGCAGCUUCAGUCUGUUGCUGGAGCUCAGAGCCGCCUGCAGGGCCAGGUGGCUUUUGCCCACCCUGUGUCCUGCGGUCCUCGGACACGCUCCGAGGUCCAGGCUCCCGGCUCGUGGGGACAGGGCUGGUGGGCUCCAGGGGAAGGGGGGCACUCCCUCGGACAGAGCUGGGGACAUUUCCACCGGACCGAAGCCUGAGUGACAGUGGCUUCGACAAGCAGUGCCCGGGGCCGGACGACACGGCAAGGAGCCACGAGAGGCCCCGCCAUCUUCACUGCCUGAUGGCCCCGUGCAAGGAUGUACAUAGCCGCGCCCAGACGUGUCCUUGCAGCUUGAUCAAAUUUCCUAAAACAAGCCAAGAACAAAAGUGUACAUUUCUGUUUUUUUCUUCUUCCUUUUAAUAAACUCUUUAUCAUGGUUGGUAUGACGGACCAUUCUUUGGGGCAGGAUUGAUUAUGUUAUUCUCUUUAAAAUCUGCUCCCCAUAUUGAACAGGCAGAUUGGAAAAGCUAUGGCUCGAUUUUUCAGAAGAAAUGUUUAGGGUUUAGUCAAUAGUUUUAACUAUGCCAUUUGUUUAAAUGAGCGUGUUGCUCUGAGGAUAGCAUCUUACUGAAAUUCAGGAGGGGACGUAGUGAUGUGUGUCCAGGGCUGCACCACCCACCCCUUCGGAAGCCUUCUCUCCUCAGCCACUCCAGCACCUCUGACUUCAGGAAGGCAGGACUGCACGUCAAGCUCGGGGCGCAGGGAAACGGGGGUCACGCCGAGCUGCUGUUUCCUCAGUAGCCAGGCUGAGUUUGAGCCGACAGUCAGACCCGCACGUGGGCAUGCCCUGGACUCUGAAGACUCCUCUCUUCACAGUGCUUGCCCCCUGGUCUCAGCGGCAGGAAAGCCACUGCUUUCACUUCAUCGGAGACCUCGGGGUGAGGGGAGCUGCUGCCAGGGGUCCCACUCCUGGGGGUGGGGAGCAAGGGAAUGGGCAUCUGCUGACCCCCACCCCUCAGGCUAGCCUGCUGCCUCAGUGCUCCUUACCAGCCUCUCCAGGGUCCCUCUGAGGGUGACGUCCUUUCGCUCAGUCCCCGGCCAGGGUGGCGGGGCCAAGGUUUCACCUAGGAACCGCAUUUCAAAAAAAAAUUGUUUUUAAUUGUGGUACAGGAAGCGACGUUGCUGAAACAGCCUCUGACAGUCGAGGGUCCGUUUGCACAGGGGCGUCCUAGUGAAUUCCUCCUUCAUUCUGAUCUUUGUUCAGCCAACAGAAGCACCCUUUUCUAAUGUCUUCCAUUGCUACCCACCCCAGAAACAAAUAUUAUUUGUAGCUUGCUAUCUGUUAUUUGAAUUUUUAGCAAUUUUAUAUUUAGAUAUCUUUGAAAAAUAUAAAUGACUAAUUUGGUCAUUAAAUCUUGUGACAUAUUCAAUAUUAAAAGUCAUAAACACCUU